AUGCAUCAAUCCUUUGAAAUGAUGAGUUUAGGAGCCGAAGAUGCUGAUACUAUGAGAAUAGUGAAGGAGGACAUGGAAAAAACGAAGGCUAAACUUUUAUCACAUAAAUCGAGUAUGGUUGUGACUGAUGAUGCUGGUAAUGAUGAUGAUAAUGAGGCUUCUGUGUGCAAGAUUUCGGCAUUGGACCCGCAUCGAAGGAAAGCAAAGGGAAUAAGUUAUGGGAGGCUUAAAAGCUCAAGUGAGAAAAAGAAGAAAAAAUCUAAGGAACGAGCACCUCCAACACGAAUAGAAAGUCGAGAGUUGGUUGUUCAAGCAACACAAGAUGGAGCUCAUUUCCCAGAUUAUUUGCAUAAUUCAAAUCAGUUUCAAAGUGCCUUUUAUCCUAGCAAUAUUGGUGGUCCUAGAGUAAAUCUAAAUUUUCAUAAUCAGGUAUAUUGCUCGUAGUCUUUCAGUUGUAUUUACAUUUUACUAAUUUGGUCAAAUUUUUUUUGUGGAUGUAGCAGCCACCAUACAUCAUGCCGCCGGAGAUUAUGAGUGGAUUUUGCCCAUU